AGCUAGAUCGUUUCCCAGCUUUUCCCGGGUGGUUGAUUUCGUCACUGGUCUCUGGUCACUGGUUAAGCUCGAGUUCGAGAACGUGAACGUGGCGCGGUUUUUGUUGGUGUUUUUCGUGUUGACACUGCUGCUCGCAGCUUCCUGCAGCUGAGUUGAAUUGUGCGAAUUUAAAAAGUGUAUCUGUUUUUUUCCUUGGAAAGUUUGCGGGAAGCAAGGGGCUUAAGGAAGAAGGAAGGGCUAACUCAGGAGGAGAGGAUUAUAUUUUUUGGCUGUUCCGAUGGGAAGCUGCUUUGUGGAGCCGUGAUAAACGAUCCAGGUUUUUUCCUCUUGGUGACCGAAAUUGUUCAUUGUCAGAGUGUAUGGAAAUUUAUCCGGGGAAAGUAGAGCGAUGAGCAUAAUGAUUAUUUCACUUGAGUGAAGUGUUCUCGGGUUGGGAAAUCGAAGAGCUUGUGUGCGAUGAUUGCGAAAGAAUCAAAUUUACUUGUAUCAUAAGCCUAGCUACGUAGUUGUUCGAUAUAUUGUGUAUAGAGAAGAAGAGUGUGGAAAUAGAUUGAUUUACUGGAAGUCGUUUGAGGCCAUAUCGGUUGAAUGUGUCCCAUUUAAUUGUCCAUUAGAGUGGGUAGGAGGAGCAGAUAUUCUAACGACGUCGCCCAUUAAACGCAAGCAAGCCGCCCACCGAAGUCCCGUCAAAAGUCUUUUGCCUUUUGCUGAUGAGGCCUUUGUGUGUGAAGAUUGCAACAGCAAUCAUCAGUAGUCGAUUCACUAGUUAGUGACGUUCAGGAUUACAGUGCUGUGGGGGCUAUUUUUAUACUCCUCCACCAUCAAAGCCCUGGAAUUGGAAAAAGAAAAUAUGCUCACACAGUCGAUACGAUAUGAUCGAUACGUGAAGGCUUAGAGGUAGAUAGCGUUCAAUUGCCUUCAGCCAUCGUGUCUUGAAUUUAUAGAUAUACACGCGUGUACGUAUAUGUCCCAACAAUCAGCCAAGUGAAGGAAGAGUUCGGAAAAUUAGGUCCUUUGUUUCCAAGUGUGUGCCUAAACCCCAACCCCAAAGCCAGUGAAAAAUAUUCCAUUUCCCCAUCAAAUCGUCUGCCAGAGGCCCCCACUAAUAAGGGCUGCUUGUUUAUGGAAUAUUGAUUCGGAUAAAUUACCAAACCAAUAUAACGACGACGACGUCGACGCAACCCCAGUUGGAUUAGCCAACCCAACCACAAGUGGAAUUCUCCGAAGCCGAUCAUCCCAAGAAGCCUGAGGUACCUUCUCUUUCCUCUACUUUGGGACCCAACGAAGACAACGACGAUUGCAACAACGAACUUCAACACGGCAAACCGAGACUUCUCCGGUACCGCACUGGAAAACGGAAAUAUGCCCGAAGAUAGUGCGGUCAUGGUUGAAGUAUUGAACGCUUAAGAACACGCAACAAGCUUUGAACAUUUAAAAAAAAUUUACAUCUAAAGGAGAAACUGGAAAAUGAAGCCAGCCGAGGAUGAGUCCAACGGAGAAGCGUCGACCUGUGGUCGGAUCCUCAUCUUUCUGUCCUGGGUCCUGGUGGUCCUGACGAUGCCCUUCAGUCUGCUGGUCUGCUUCAAGGUCGUGCAGGAGUACGAACGUGCCGUUAUUUUCCGUCUCGGUCGGCUCGUCCAAGGUGGUGCGAAAGGACCAGGUAUCUUCUUCAUUCUGCCCUGCAUCGAUGCCUACGCCCGGGUUGAUUUGCGUACCCGAACCUACGAUGUCCCACCGCAAGAGGUCCUGACGAAGGACAGCGUGACGGUUUCGGUAGAUGCCGUCGUGUACUAUCGCGUCUCGAAUGCAACCGUAUCGAUUGCCAACGUCGAGAAUGCGCAUCACUCGACCCGGCUGCUGGCCCAGACGACGCUCCGGAACACGAUGGGUACCCGGCAUCUGCACGAGAUUCUCAGCGAGCGGAUGACCAUUUCCGGCAGCAUGCAGCUCUCCCUGGACGAGGCGACCGAGGCCUGGGGCAUCAAGGUGGAACGAGUGGAAAUCAAGGACGUCCGCCUGCCGGUUCAACUGCAACGUGCCAUGGCAGCCGAAGCCGAGGCCGCUCGUGAGGCACGCGCCAAGGUCAUCGCAGCCGAGGGUGAGCAGAAAGCGUCCCGAGCUCUGCGUGAGGCCUCGGAGGUCAUCGGCGAUUCACCGGCAGCCCUGCAAUUGCGCUACCUCCAGACGCUGAACACCAUCUCGGCGGAGAAGAACUCAACCAUCGUGUUCCCGCUGCCCAUCGACAUCCUGACCUACUUCAUGAAGGCCAAAGUGGCCCCCCAGUAGUAAGUGGCCGUUCGAGUGCGGGAUCUCGAGGGCCCCCUCUGCUCUCGGAACUUUGCCAACGCCCCUCCACAUCCACGAAGGUCCGUAGACCUUCCCCUGACGCCCAUGUACCAAAUGCCAGCCGACACGCUGAAGGCAUUUUUCCUGUCUCAAUCCCAAAGCCGACGCCAAAAGCCACAACCGAAACGUCGCAGGUCGGCUUUUACCAGGUGGCAAAAGUUGUAGGAUAGAAAAAUGUCGCUGACGUCGGUGGUCACUUUUAUUCCUCACAUAUACACAGACAGACAGUUUUCAUUCAUAAUCCCCACUUUUCCACCACAAAUUUUUCUGCCCCCUCCCCAAAUUCUGCCUAGAUUAAAAGGAAAACUUUUUCUACUGAAGGACACACAACACUGCGGUAGUUAUGAGACUUGAACGAAUUUUAUAAAUAAAUAUUUCGGUGUUCGGUGGAGCAACCAAAACGGCCAUUUAAGGGUGUCUCCCCACCAGAAAACGAAUAACAACAACAACAACAGCAAACCAAAAACUGGCCCAUCGCAUCAUCUUCGUAAAUGUACUGUAAUGUGUAGCAUCUCUUACUGGGGACAUCUUUUCAUUUUCUCAAUCUCUCAGACUAUAAACGAAACCUAGGUAAGGGAAGUAAGGAGAAAAAUUUAUCUGAGGCAGCAAACUCUCAUUGUAGAUAUCGUCGUAGGACAUUAUUACUAUACAAGGCAUACAUACAAGCAUACACACACACAUAUGUACUGACACUGUUGGUACUCUAAAUCUAGUGUUAUAUCAAGGAUAUUUUUGGUACCUCAAAGAGCGGCCACGGAUAUAUUGGAGCAGAUGGGAAAAGUUUUAAGCGUGCCGAAUUUAUUUUCCAACUAGAGAACAACUUCUAAUGAGAUUUAGUUCUGUGAGAUAUUAUUGUUUGAACAAUUGUUUUAGAGGCUUUUGCAGGCGCUAAGACUUGCAAUUAACUUUCAUAUUUAUUGCAUUUUUUUUUUCAGAAAUGGUUUUUUUUUUUGAAUAACUUGAGCCUCAGCACAAGCAAAGAAAUGCACUGAGCAAUCGGGGACGGCAUACAAUUUCAAUGUUUCGAAAAAUAUCUUCAUCGGUUUUACCCCUGAAUGUAUGCAAUACCGUCAGCUUUUUUUCGAAAUCUAGGGUGAAUAAUGGAAAAGUUAUAAAACCUGGAAUGAACAAAACGGGAAUUAGGUUACAUAUUUAUUAUUUGACAGCUGCUGUAUAUUGCUUAUUCGAUAGUUUCAGUAUCAUAAAAAAAUUCAAUGAAUUCAAAUUCAUCUCAAACUUGAUUGGAAUCAUGAA